AUACCACUCUUGUAUAAUAAUUCUUGCUUAUUUGUCCCUUGUAAUUUACUUUUGGUCAUAAUAAGAAAAGAAUAAAGAGGAAAAAGAAAAAGAAAAAGUAGGAGAAGUGUGGCCCAUUAUUUCUCAAACGAACAAAACGAUCACUCUCUAUGUAUGUGGUUAUUGUAGUUUCCGCCACCCUCAAUCAGCCAAACCCCUCUUCAUUUUGACAGAAAAUUCCCUCAUUUUAACACACACACACACACUCUUUCUCUUUUCUCUUCACUCUAACAAUGGAGAGUUUAGCACUUUACUCUCCAUCUUCAGCCACCUCCGCCGCCGCUGCCGCCACCACUUCCUUCUGUCGUCUUUCCUUACACCACCACCACCAUCUCCGAUCACGCCCCUCCUCCAUUUCCACCGCCGUUCUCCGUCCAUUUUCCUCCCUCCGAUCACCUCCAUCCGGCCCAGGAUUCAAUCUGUCCGGCCCAAGAUUCAAUCUUUUUCAUCCCAAACCUUUCAUUUUCAAUCCCCUUUCAAAACCCACUUCCAAAAAUUCACCAUCUCACAAACCCAUUAAUGCUUCCUCAUCUCCUGACCCAGAUAAGGUAGUUACUAUAGAUGCAAAGCCGAAACCCCAAGGAGCAAAGCUCAUUCCUUUGAUCAUUUCUGUUUCAAUUGGGCUUAUUGUCCGUUUCUUUGUUCCAAAACCACCUGAAGUUUCACCUCAAGCAUGGCAAUUGCUUUCCAUUUUCCUCUCUACCAUUGCUGGUUUGGUUCUCAGCCCAUUGCCAGUAGGGGCAUGGGCUUUUCUUGGGCUUACAACUUCAGUUCUCACCAAGACUCUAACUUUUACUGCUGCAUUUAAUGCAUUCACUAAUGAAGUCAUUUGGUUAAUUGUGAUUUCAUUCUUUUUCGCUCGCGGAUUUGUCAAGACUGGUUUAGGGGAUAGGAUUGCCACAUAUUUUGUUAAGUGGUUGGGGAAGAGUACACUUGGUUUGUCCUAUGGAUUGACCCUGAGUGAGGCUUUGAUUGCACCUGCAAUGCCUAGUACUACUGCUAGGGCUGGUGGGGUAUUUUUGCCUAUUAUUAAAUCUCUCUCACUAUCCGCUGGAAGUAAGCCUGGUGAUCCCUCCUCCAGGAAGCUCGGUUCUUACUUGAUCCAAUCUCAAUUUCAGUCUGCAGGUAACUCUAGUGCUCUUUUCCUAACUGCUGCAGCUCAAAAUCUACUCUGCCUCAAGCUAGCUGAGGAACUUGGGGUUGUAAUCUCAAACCCAUGGGUGUCUUGGUUCAAGGCUGCUAGUUUACCUGCAUUUAUCUCCCUUUUGGCUACUCCAUUCAUCUUGUACAAGCUUUUUCCUCCUGAAACCAAAGAUACACCAGAUGCUCCUGCUAUGGCAGCUAAAAAACUGGAUCUCAUGGGUCCUGUGACCAAAAAUGAAUGGGUGAUGAUUGGCACAAUGCUUCUUGCAGUAUCUCUGUGGGUUUUCGGUGACGCUCUUGGUAUUGCGAGUGUUGUUGCCGCAAUGCUUGGCUUAUCAAUUCUCUUGCUGUUGGGAGUGCUUGAUUGGGAUGACUGUUUAAGUGAAAAAUCAGCAUGGGAUACUUUGGCUUGGUUUGCUGUCCUAGUUGGCAUGGCUGGGCAGUUGACAAACCUUGGUAUUGUUGGUUGGAUGUCUAGUUGUGUAGCUAAAUCCCUCCAAUCUUUAUCAUUGAGCUGGCCAGCUGCAUUUGGUGUUCUUCAAGCGGCAUACUUCUGUAUCCACUACUUAUUUGCAAGUCAAACUGGCCAUGUUGGAGCAUUAUACUCUGCAUUCCUUGCUAUGCAUUUGGCAUCUGGGGUGCCUGGUGUAUUGGCAGCCCUGGCUUUAGCUUACAAUACUAAUCUAUUUGGUGCUUUGACACAUUAUAGCAGUGGUCAGGCUGCUGUCUACUUUGGAGCUGGUUAUGUAGAUCUCCCGGAUGUCUUCAAAAUGGGAUUCAUAAUGGCACUCGUCAAUGCUACUAUAUGGGGAGUCGUCGGGACAUUUUGGUGGAAGUUCUUGGGUCUAUACUGAUUCUUAGUUUUUGGUGUAAGUAGUUUUUUUCCCAGUUAUACGUGCCCUUUCUGUUGUGGCAUUUUAGCAACGUCCUUGAAAUUAUUGACUCCAAGCUGAAGUACAAUCAGCAUUUCUCCAUUGUAACAUUCUUAAAACAUGCGGAUGAAAAAAGUUCUGUUUUUUGCGUUGAGUCAA